UAAAUGAUUAAACGGUUGAGUAAAAUGAGAAUUCUUGCAUCAGGAAGUUAUUUUGAGUAAAAAGCUCUUUUUUGAUGCUCCAGAUGCUGAAACACAACUUCCAGGUGAGCACACACCUGUUUAGCAUCUUUGUAGUUCUGGACGUGCAUUUUUUGUUGCAUUACAAAUCAAAGAGCCAGAGCAGAAGGCCUUAUAAAGUAAUCUUAAACCAGUUUUGGUUUUGAUGUUUCUUUCUUUUGAAUUCUGUUAAAGGUGUGGAACACUGUAAAACCAUUUUUAAAGAUUAUUUCUGAUUCUAACGGGUCACUCUUGAGUGUUUCAUGCAGGCUGAACAUGAAAAUAGUCUCCUACACCUAUCUCCUGCAUUAGCAUCUGAUAGAAAACAGACGGUGAAACUCUAGGAUUAGAAAAUCCUGACAGAUCUACGUCACCCUGUCACUUAACAUUCAUGGACUCACCCAUCUUGGCUCAUGACAGGGAAGGCUGUUGUUGGUUUAGCGUCCAGGAAACAGCAGAGAAUGUCUGUGCUAGUAGAAGCUAACUGUUAGCAUUAGCAACUCCACCACACAGCAGAACUCCUCCAGACUUGUGUUAUUUGUGGAGAUGAAACAUGACAGAGCAAACAGAGCCAGUGGUAUUGUCGGGUUGUUGUUAGCCAAUCAGAGGAGAGAUGUGCGAAUAUCAAGCUCUCCUCUGAUGUGGCUCACUUCUAGUUCCUCAACAGGUACACCAGAGUUUGGAUCAGUACAGACCUAGAAAAGUUAAAAUCUGCAGUUUUGUCCCUAGAAUCUGGAAGAAAGAGCUUUUGAAGCUCCAGAACAAGUCAUUUAUGACCUCUCAGUUACAGAAAAUUACAGCCGCUGUCUGCACCGAGUAAUCACAGCUGUUGGAAACCCUCAGCUCGACCACGCUGCUCAUCUCCUCUGUUCUCACCACAUGUGUGCUAGUUGGGUUUGGGCUAAAUUGCAGCCUUGCACUCGGCUGAAGUGAGCGGGACGUGAAAGCCGCCCUUCGUUGGCUGAGAGCAUGCUCGUCUCUCAUUAGCAUCAGCGUGCACGGGAAGCAGCUACAAGUGUGUCAGAGUUCAGGCUGACUGUGGAAUUUUCAUUAGAACAGGAAGUUGCAGCUUCUGAAAUAGUUCGACUGAAAACUUUGUUGUAAAAAAUGGAUCUUUUAAUAUCAUGUGGACCACAGCAGCGUGUAAACGGACUCCAUCCUGUUCCGGUCUCGAGGACCAACAAGAACUCCCUCUAAGAAAUGGCAGAAGUUCUAACGACGCGUUCAUGCACCCCUCUGAAGCCCAUAACACCCAUCAAAAUCUCUGAGGAGGGCGACGAGGUUUUGGGGGACUACACCGUUGGUGAGCAAGUCUGGGUCAACGGCGUCAAACCUGGUGCUAUUGCCUACCUGGGCGAGACACAGUUCGCCCCAGGACAGUGGGCCGGCGUCAUACUGAAUGACCUAGUUGGCAAGAAUGAUGGCUCGGUGGGUGGCGUGCGCUACUUUGAGUGCCAGCCCCUCCAGGGCAUUUUCACCAGACCCUCAAAGCUCACCCGACAGCCCAUGGGAGAGGGGAGCGACAGCCUCUCCACCGAUUCAGCCCCGAACCAGAGUCAGCAGGGCGGCACCGGUGCCCCCAGUGGCCAGAGGGUGGUGGUGCCACUCAGAGAGGGGCUCCUCAACAGCGCCGUGAAAACGGGGAAUGAGUCCGGGUCCAACAUGUCCGAUAGUGGGUCGGUUAAGAAAGCUGGAGAUAAAGAUCUGAGGGUUGGAGAUCGAGUUUUGGUGGGAGGCUCUAAGAUGGGAGUGAUUCGGUACAUGGGGGAAACAGACUUCGCUAAGGGUGAGUGGUGUGGGGUGGAGCUGGACGAGCCGCUGGGGAAGAACGACGGAGCGGUCGCCGGUACGAGAUACUUCCAGUGUCUCCCGAAGUUCGGUCUGUUCGCUCCGAUCCACAAGGUGAUCCGCAUCGGCUUUCCCUCCACCAGCCCGGCCAAGGCCAAGAAGAGCAAGCGGGUGGCCAUGGGGGUGUCGUCUCUGGCCCACAGCCCUAGCAGCUCCUCCAUCAGUUCAGUCAGCUCGGUGGCCUCCUCUGUGGGUGGGCGCCCGAGCCGAGCUGGACUGCUGACAGAGACGUCAUCCCGCUAUGCCCGAAAGAUUUCUGGCACCACGGCGCUCCAGGAAGCCCUGAAGGAGAAGCAGCAGCACAUCGAGCAGCUGCUGGCUGAGAGGGACCUGGAGAGAGCUGAGGUUGCCAAGGCAACCAGCCACAUCUGCGAGGUGGAGAAAGAGCUGAGUGCCCUCAAGGCGCAGCACCUGCAGUACGUCACGGAGAACGAGAGUGCCCUCCAGCAGGUCAAAGCCCUGCUGGCAGGCACACAGAAGGAUAAGGUGGAACUGGCCAAUCAGCUGGAGGAAGAGAAGAGGAAGGUGGAAGACCUCCAGUUCAGAGUAGAGGAGGAAUCCAUCACCAAAGGAGACCUGGAGGGAAGCUGCAGUCAUGUUUCCAGGUCCGUCGGGUCGGGAAAACGAAGCAAGCAAACCACAGUGGAGGAGCAGAGUCGCAUCGUGCAGCUGGAGGAGGAGCUCUCCCUCAGAAGAGCGGAGACGGAGGAGCUCCAGGCUCAGCUCCGUCGGGCGGACGCGAGCUCGCAGCCGGCCGGCGAUGCCGCCCAGCCGGAAACCCUCCUCCUGCGGGAGCAGCUGCUGUCUGCGGGCCGCGAGCUCCACCAGGAGAGCAGCGAGCUUAAAGAGAAGCACGAGAACGCCUCGGCGUCGAGCCGGCAGGAGAUCAGCUCGCUGAGGGCGGUGGUGGAGAAACAGAACCUGGAGAUCAGUGAGAUGAAGCAGAAGGUCCAGCAGGCCACCAAGGAGAAUGUGGAGAUGAUGGACUCCUGGAAGGCUAAGUUUGACUCUUUAGUCAGUGACCACCAGCGAUCCCUAGAAGAACUGAAGGCGUCUCUGAGUAGAGAUCCAGCUGCCUCACAAGGCCAGGAGCAGGAUGCCCAGGAGCUGAGGACCACCCUGGAGAGCCUGAAGAUGGAGCACCAGCUGGAGGUGGAGAACCUCAAGGCCAAACACAAGAUUGAAGCCGCCAUUCUGACCAAGGAGCGCGAGGACCUUAGGGCUCGUCUUCAGGAGGUCGGAGACCAGGUGGCCGAAGGCAGUCAGGCCUGGAGGUCCGAGGCGGAGGCUCAGAGCAGCAAAGCUGCCCUGAACGAGGCCUCUCAGAAGCUACAGAAGGCGGAGGUGAGGCUGGCAGAGAUGGAGAAGCUCCAAACGGAGCAGUACAAAACCAGGGCGGAGCUGCAGGACCGACUGGAGCUAUCAGAGAAGAAGAUGACAGAUUACCAGGCUCUGCAGAAGGCUCAGGCGGAGAGCCAGGAGGAGAUCCAAAAACUGGAGGAGAAGCUGAGGGUGACGGCGAACCAGCUCCAGGCCGUCCAGUCCGACCGCUACACGUCCCGCGAUGCAAAUAUGAUAGAAGACAAUGAGCUUUCAGAUGAUAAGAGGACUCUCAAACAGAAUAUCGAAGAAACGAUGGAGAAGUUGUUGAAAAGGGAAAAGGAGGUCUCUACUCUCACCUCGCAGGUCGAAGCGCUCAAAUCACAGGUCGGAGCUCUGGAGAGUAAAGUUCACUCCGGGGAGAAGAAGGCUGAAGUCCUCGCCAAGGAGAAGAUGCGCGUGGAGGCCGAGCUGGAGUCCAUGACCAGGAAGUCCCACGAUGCCUCGGGGCAGCUCGUCAGCAUCAGCCAGGAGCUGCUGAAGAAAGAAAGGAGCCUGAACGAGCUGAGGGUGCUACUCCUGGAGUCCCACCGUCACUCGCGGGACACGGAGAAGGACCUGAGCCGGGAGGUGCACAAGGCCGAGUGGAAGGUCAAGGAGCAGAAACUUCAGGACGACAUCAAAACCCUACGAGAGAAAGUGCUUCUGCUGGGUCGGGAGCGAUCUUCACCCGACCACCGGCGCUACUCCAUGCUGGACCCCUCGGCUCUGGACUCAGAGGUGACCCGCCUGCGCCAGCGGCUGCUCGGUACCGAGGAAGCCCUGAGGAACGCCUUGGAGCACAACCAGGAAGUGGACCAACUGGUCCAGGCCAUGCGUAAACGUCCAGACAAAAGCCAGGUCCUCGGUGCAAAUUCAGCAAACGGGAUUCAUCACCAGGAGUCAGACAGCACUCGAGAUGAGCAGCACUGAUUUAGAAGCAGCGGGGAAAAGACGGGGAACCUGACUCUGACCGAUCCGGGACACGAAGUUGAUCUGCCGUCGCAGCGAUGAAGGAACAUUUUCUUUUACAGUCAAAACCAAAACAUUGAACGUCUGUUCUGAGUGAUUUCAUGUGUUGGUGCAGAAGGCGCCUGUUAGCCGAUCAAGAGGAUCUUGAUCGGCUUCAAAGGAUAAACUUAAAGAGAUAUUAUGAGUAAGCUGCUGAGAACUCAACAUCCUGGCAGCUUUGAUGCUUUAAAGCAGUUUCAGGACAAAUCUGAGUUGUGAUCUGGAACAAAAACCUGCUGAUGGACUAAAGAGGAGCUGAAGGACUGGGUCUGGUUGAUAUAUUUCGUUUAUUUAUUCCGUCAUUUUGCUGUUUGCUUUGUAAUAAUCCUCUGUACUGUAGAUGAGCUGUGUCCACGCUCUGCAACUCACAAACAGUGGUUUGCCAAUUCCACACCUGAACUGGUCUCAAACUCAUUGUAAUGCACAAGCCUAUGUAGAAAUAUUAAAAUACAGGAUUUGAGCAAGAACAACAAAAACAGUAGAGUAGAAAAGUUUUUUUAGCAUUUCUUUAAAGUUCCGAUCAGGUUUUUGGCAUUUAAAUCAUUUUUUUGUAAUAAUGUCCCAGCGUACAGGUGCCGAGUGCGCUCCAAACCCUUGUUUUGUUAUUCUUUCCAGAAUGAUGAGCAUGUUCAUGACUUGGGUCUGUAAACACAACUCCAGCUUGUUCUUAAUGGAAUCAGUUACAAAAAAGUGCAUUAAAACCAAGCUAAUGCCAGCCACCUGCUAGCUUAAAACAUCAGCUGAUUCCAGAGCUGCCAUGUGGCAAACACUAAUUGCCUUUGUCCACUUGAGUGCAUUUUUAUGUCUUUUUUUUUCAUCAAAGAGAAACUACCAGGCAGCAUUUGGAAAGCGUCGGUAACUCCUGCUCUAAUGAAAUAACCAGAGCCCAUAGCAUCACUGUGACAGUUUAUUAGGCUGAGUCGUGUCUGCAGGAGGAAGAGCGGAUCUGGUACAGGUAAAAAAAAAACGAUGAUCGUGUCUGAAAAUCAGCACUGAUGAACCAAGGAGGCCUUCUGCAUUCAGCUGUGGUAAUAAAUCACUACCUGACCCUGGAUCAGUGCACCGUUGACUCUAUUUGCUGUGGAUGUAUUUUUUAUUUUAUUUCAACAGGCUCCAUCCAUGUGGUAAUAUGUAAAAUAUGAGCCCAUUUGUAAUGUAAUAGGAUGUACCUGCAGUGCUUUACUGACCCUUUCUCAGUCUCUGAAGGGCUGUAACAGAAGCUGAAACCCAAACUCAUCCAGGCUCAGAUUAUCUUGUUUCUACUGUAAAGUCUUCCAAGUGUUGGACUCGCCAGAAGGUUUGGUUGCUUAACAGGAGAAAAUCUGGUGAUUCCUUCGGUCAGCUCGGAUACAUCUUCAACCUCCCACUGGAUGUUAUUGGACGUGGUCCUCCCCACUCACGGGGGUUCUUUCCUUUCUGGAUCAUUGCUGCAGUGAUUUUUUUUGGAGAUUGAGUCAUUAAAUAUUUACAAUGUG